GGCUUCUUGGAUUUGAGGAUAAUUUUUCAUCUUUGAAUUUGGACAAGAAAAUAAAUUUGCAGAAUCAGCCUACAGGGGUUCAUCGGGAACCGCCUCCCCCGCCGUCUUCAGUGAAUAGAAUGCUUCCACGUGAAAAAGAAGCUUCUAACAAGGAACAGCCCAAAGUGACCAAUACCAUGCGGAAGCUCUUUGUACCAAACACCCAGUCUGGGCAGCGGGAGGGUCUCAUCAAACACAUCCUGGCAAAGCGAGAGAAAGAAUAUGUCAACAUUCAGACUUUCAGAUUCUUUGUUGGGACAUGGAACGUGAAUGGCCAGUCUCCAGAUAGUGGGCUAGAACCUUGGCUGAACUGUGAUCCGAAUCCUCCUGAUAUCUACUGCAUUGGAUUCCAAGAGCUGGACUUGAGCACAGAAACCUUUUUCUACUUUGAAUCUGUGAAGGAACAAGAGUGGUCCUUGGCUGUGGAGAGGGGUUUGCAUUCCAAAGCCAAGUAUAAGAAAGUUCAACUGGUUCGCCUUGUUGGGAUGAUGCUCCUGAUAUUUGCCAGAAAGGACCAGUGGCGAUAUAUCCGUGAUGUUGCUCCAGAAACAGUUGGGACUGGAAUCAUGGGGAAGAUGGUGCGUUACUUUGGAAAUGAGCUCAAUUAUGAUUUAUGUCCAUGUGAAGUUCAGGUGCUAGUUGCAUCUUUGUACUAA